AUGAAUGAUUAUAGACAACGUAUCAAUCUUAAUCGACGAAUGGAACCAUCGACAACAUCGAUGGGUAAAUUUUUUUCAAAUCGUCUUCGAGAUUCACUUCAUUAUGGUGGUGCAUUAACAACAAAUGAAAGAGAAAAUUUUGAUCAAACAACAGCUGAUUAUGAAGCAACACCUGAACCACCGAUUAGUUUAUAUGAUGUUAAUCGUCCUAUUGUAACACCAUCAUCAACAUCAUCAACAAAUGAAACAUAUUUUACUCAUACAACACCUGAUAUACAUAAAUUUUCUCGUCGAGUUGAAUUAUCAUCUGGUUAUAAUAUAUUAAAAAAUCGUACUAGUUCACGUCCAACACGUUUACCAACAUAUUUACAAGGACGUACACCACUUGCUCAAUUAAAUCCAUUACCAACAACAAUAACAAUAAAUAAUACUGAUGAUAACCGUCAACGACGUUUAUCAUAUACUGAUCAUGAUCGUGCACAAUAUUUAGCAUAUAAUCAACAACUUUUACAAAAAUUUCAUAUUGAUGGUACACGAAGACCAUUUUCAUCAGAUAGUCCAUUACCACCUCCAUUACCAUUACCACCAUCAGUAACAACAACAACAACGACAACAUCAAAUUCUUAUUUUACAUCAUCUGCUCCACCUGUACACAAUCGUACAGCGUAUGAACCAAUUGAACCAUUAAAAUUAGUAUUAACACAAGAAGAUAAUUCUAUAGCAGAUUUAUCACGUGAAUUACGUGCUGCUGCAUAUCCAACAACAAGAAAAUCUUCAAAUCAUUCUCCAACACGUGAAACAUCACCAAAUACAGCACGUUAUUCAACACGAAUUAAUUCUAAACGUAUACCACCACCACGUUCAUUACCUAAAAUACAUAUUAAUGAACAACAACAACAACAACAACAACAACAACAACAACAAACAUCAAUAUCAAAUAUGAAAAUAGCACAUUUUUAUCAUCAUCAUGAAUCAGAAAAAAAUCCAUCAAUAACAGAAGAUCGUUUACAAAGUUCAUCAGCAGCAUCAUUAUUACUUGAUCAAUUUUUUAAUUCAGAACUAACACCACCAAAAGAUACAACAACAACAACAAUACAAACACAUGAAAUGAUUUCUAUAGGCAAUGAAAAACCACAUCGUGAACAUUCACAACCAACUGCUAUAUUAAUGAGAAAUUCUUCAAUAUCAAAUAGUGCUGAUGAUACAACAAUGUCAUUUGUUUCAAAAUAUGCUCGUUUAGCUCCUAUUGUAUCAUCACAAACAUUUUCAACGAAUAGAAAUUCUUCCAUAAUUCCUAUUGAUGAUAAUAUAUCGAAUAUGAAUCGUUCAUUAAAUAUUGAAAUUAAUCAUCAUGAACAAACUUUUGAUACACUUCAUGAUUUAUCAUCAUUUCAUAAUGAAACAACUAUUAUUACGGAUGAUUUACUUCAAACAUCUGAAAUAAUUCAUACGGAUUCUAUAACAGAUGAAAAUGAAGAAAAUUAUUCUUAUGUACCAUUAAAAGAACAAAUAAAAUCUAUAAAUCAUAUACCAUUACUUGAAUUAGAUGAACUUGAAACAAAUAGUGAUAUAAGUGAAUCACAAUUUGUACCAAUAAUAUAUGCAAAAGAAUUAGCAAAUGAAAUUGAUCUUUUACAAAAAGCACAUUUACUUAAACAACAACAACGUUCAAUUGCAAUGGAUAAUGAAAAUGAAAGAAUUAAUGAUAAUAAUUCUGUACCACCACCAGCUAAUAUGGAAUUAUUAAAUUUUGAAACACUUGAAGAAGAAUUUUCUAUUUUACAACAACAACAACAACAUCAAGAUGAAGAAAAUACACCAUUACCAUCACCAAGAAUUCCAUCAACAAUGAUGGAAAUAUCAUCAUCAUCACCAAUAACAAUAAAACCUGAAUCAUCACCAAUUCCAUUAUCUGAAAAUGAAACAUCAUUAACAAAUAUUUUACAACAUAGUAUACUUAUACAUAAUCGUUCAUCACCAUGGUUUAAAUUACCAACAGAACUUUGGUUUAAAAUUUUACCUUAUUUAAAUACAAAUGAAUUAAAUAAUUUUUCUUAUAUUUGUAAACGUUUUUAUUUACUUGUACAACAUCAAGCAUGUUGUCAUCGAAUAAUAAUAAAUCGUCGAAAAGAAUUAGAACAACUUUGGUUUGAUAAUAUUAGUCGACGUCAACCUAUUUCACUUGCAUUUAUUGAAUGUCGACAACAAAAUCUUGAAAAUUCACAACAACAAAUUCAAAAUAAUUGUGAGAAUAUAAAAUGGUUUGAAUUUUUUCAAACAAUUGGUACAAAUCUUAUUGAUUUUACAAUGACUGGUUGUUAUCAUGAACCAUUUACACCUAAUACAUUAUUACCAAUAAUAGUAAAAACUUGUCCAAAUCUUUUAUCACUUAAUCUUCGUUGGAAUAAUAUAACAGAAUCAACAUUAAAUCAUUUAAUAACUUAUUCACAAUUUAUUCAUUUACAUACACUUGAUUUAACUGGUUGUCAAAUAUUAGAUGAUACAUUAUUAAUUAAUAUAUUUAUUCGUACAGAAAUAGAUUUUCAUUUAAAAAAACUUAUUCUUCAUGCAUGUACAAAUAUAACAUGGAUAGGUCUUGAUACAAUAGCUAUUUGUAUUCCAAAUUUAAUUCAUUUAAAUAUAAGUCGUUGUAUUGGUUUAAGAAAUCUUUCAUUACAUCAAUAUUUAACAUGUUUUCAUUAUUGGCCUAAACUUGAAUAUAUUGAUUUUGGUCAACUUAUAACAUUAAAUGAUCAAGAUCUUACAAUUGUUUUUGAUAAUUGUAAAUAUUUAAAUAGUUUAAUAUUAGAUGAUUGUAUUAAUUUAACAGAUCAAACAUUAAAUAGAUUAACAUCUGAUUUUCAUAUGAUUAGUUUAAGUAAUUGUACAACAAUAGAUAUGAAUAUAUUUUUAAAUCUCAAUGAACAAUGUCCAAAUUUACAUACUAUAAAUUUAAAUUCUAUUCAAAAUUUUAAUGAUAAUUGUUUAUUAAAAUGGUCAGAAAAACCAUUAAUUCAUUUAAAAAUUUUCAUACUUGAUAAUUGUACAGAAUGUACAAUAAAUGGUAUUGAAAAAUUUCUUGAAAAACAUUCUAAUUUAAGAAAAUUAUCAUUAAAUGGUAAUGUUAUAUCAAAUGAAAUAGAACAACAAACAUUAGAACAGAAAUUUCCUAAUAUAAAAUUUGUCUUUCAAUAA